GCUCCGGCCUCCUGGGCUCGGGCCCCGCUCCUGCCCCGCAGCCCCGCCGGGCCUCCCGGGCCCUCGAGCUCUCGGGCUCGGCCAUAGCCGAGAGGUACAGGGGCGAUCGGGAGCCACGGGAACAUGGCGGCGGCCGGGCCGGAGCGCGAGGCGGCAGCAGAGCCCGAGGAGCCGGGGCUGGUCCCCGCGGCGGCCCCGCAGCCCCCGCCCCGGGCUCCCCCAGCGGCCGAGGCGCCUGCCCAGCCCGAGUCCCCGGAGUCCCAGGAGUCCCCGGAGCCCCAGGAGUCCCCGGAGCCCCAGGAGUCCCCGGAGCCCCCGGAGCCCCUGGAGCCCCUGGAGGCCGGCGAGGUGGCGCGGAGGCUGCAGAGGACGCGGCGCGAGCUGAGCAACCGCAGGAAGGUGCUGCUGCGGAACCUGCCGCCCGACACGCACAGCCAGGAGGUUCACGAUUUGCUGAAAGACUAUGAAUUAAAGUAUUGUUAUGUGGACAGAAACAAAAGGACAGCCUUUGUUACCUUAUUGGAUGGGGAGCAAGCCCAAAAUGCCAUCCAGACGUUUCACCAGUAUUCUCUUCGUGGAAAAGAGAUAACUGUCCAGCUUCAGCCCACUGAUGCUUUGCUCUGCAUCACCAACUUACCCCCUUCUUUUACAAUAGAAGAAUUUGAAGAACUGGUCCGGACAUUUGGCAAUAUCGAGAGGUGCUUUUUGGUCUACAAUGAAAUCACCGGCCAUUCUAAGGGCUAUGGAUUUGUGGAAUACAUGAAAAAAGACUCUGCCGCUAAGGCUAGGUCAGAACUGUUGGGUAAACAGCUAGGAGGUUUCACUCUUUUUGCACAGUGGAUGGAUGUGAAUCAGCUGGCCACCGAUCUCAUUCAUUCUAAGUGCCUAUGCAUCGAUAAACUCCCCAGGGAUUUCACAGACUCCCAGGAGCUCUUGCAAGUCUUCUCCCUUAGUCAUAAGCCUGUGUUUGGUCAGUUGGCACAGGAUGAAGGGAGCUAUGCAGGCGGGUUUGCAGUAGUUGAAUAUGACACUGCAGAACACGCUGAGGAUGUCCAGCAGGUGACUGAUGGGAUGACCAUCAAGGGAAACAAGGUCCAGGUGUCCUUCUGUGCCCCCGGAGCAUCUGGACGAAGUACAUUAGCAGCCCUCAUUGCUGCACAAAGAAUGAUGCGCAAUAAUCGAAAGGGUUUACUUCCAGAGCCAAAUCCAGUCCAGAUUAUGAAGAGUUUAAACAACCCUGCCAUGUUGCAGAUUUUGCUGCAGCCACAGUUCCAUGGACAUGCUGGUAAGCCAGCAAUUCUUGGAGCCCCUCAUACUUUGCCUCAUCUGGUGAACCCAUCCAUCACGCCUGCAUUUUUGCAGUUGAAUAAAAUACACCAGAAUUCAGUUAUGAGCAAUAGCUCUCGCUUAUUGCUGCAGAAUCUCUCUUACUUACAACUGGCCCAGAAACACCUAAUGAAGAUGGAGAAUGUUCAUACAAACAGCAAACCUGGAUUGCUGGGUGACCCUCCAGCUAUGGUGCUUCAGACAGCACUAGGAACUGGGACAACAUCGUCUCUGAAGUCAGAGUUGGGGUCCCGGGGAGAAGAACAUAAAACAGGAGCAGGGAUCUUGCCGUUCUUUCCAAAUCAGCCCGUGGUUGGCCAAGGUGGGUCAGGGCCACGUACUCCUCAGGACAAGCCAUCAGCCACACUGGGGUCAACAGAAGGAGCCGUCUCAGGGCCACAGACUUACCUUUCGGGCUUUCCAAAUCCUGCUGCUGGAGGCUUGGGGACGAGUCAGCCCAAAAGCUCCGAAGCAAGUUCAGGGACUGUCGCUAAGAAUCAGACUUCACUUUUGGGGGAACCACCAAAAGAAAUCCGUCUUAGUACCAAUCCAUACUUGAACUUGGCGAGUGUAUUGCCUGGGGCCUGUUUGCCAGUCCCAGUUGCAAGCAAGACCAUGAGCGUUCUACCCCAGACUGGAAUAACAAGCAACAUACUGGAUGCCAUCUCUCAGGGAACCUCAUCACAACAUACAUUGGAAAACUACAUUCAUUAUUCUCAGCAAUUUGGUGAUUAUUCACAGGUGUCUUCACCUUUAAGAAAUGAAAAGCGGGGCUCCUCAUACCUCAUUUCUGCCCCCGAAGGGAGCUCGGUGGAAUUUGUUGACCAACAUUCUCAGGGCACAGGAGGGUAUUAUUCAGAAUCCUACUUAAAGAAGAAACGCGUCUACUGAGGUUCCCUCCGUCGGUCUUCCCGUCUGUUCCGCGUAGCUCAUUUCCAGGACCUCUGCUGUUCAUCGCUGCCUUAAAGUCGGCCAGACUAGCCAUCUCCUUGAAAAAAAUGGAUCACCGUUCCCAGGAGGAACAUUGAGUGCUUCAAAGAUGGCAGAUUUGCCAAAUGAAAAAUAAGAAGCAAUAAUUUUAAAAAAGAAAUCCUUGGAGACCAUUUCCCGCUAGUAUUAGGUGUAUCCUAAAUUAUAUGUUAAACUUACCAUAGAUUGCUAAGAUUAACAAUGUUCCUUAUUUUCUGACUGCAGAACCCAAUUUUCCCAUAAUUAUUUUGAUACCUUCUCUAAUCAUCUAAAGCAAUAAAGAGGGAACUCUUGUUUCCUGAGCCUUAGAAGGGUGAGUCUAAUGACAGGUUAUUUUUUUUUCUUUUAAUUUACCCUAUAUGCCAAUGUGCAUUCCAGCCUAUUCCAUUAGUUCGUUUCCUUCCAUGAUAUAACAAGAAAAGCAGUGGAUUUGUAGUCUAUGCACCUGGGUUCGAGUUCCAACUACUUCCUGUUACUUGCCACAUGGUUGACCUUGGGCAUACCUAAACUCCCUAGUUUCCUCAUCUGUAAAAUGAAGAGAUUGGACCCACUGACCUUUAAGGUCCCUUUGAACUCUAAGUCAAUGAUUAUCUGAACUUUGCCCAGAGUCAUACAAAACCACGUUCCAAGCCACAGCCAUGACAUUGUUUUGAGAAAGCUUUAUGUGCAAAAAGGAAUUCCUGGUAUACAAUCAGCUUUGCAGCAGAAACUCCAUGUGGAGACAUACAGAUAGUGUGAUUGUUUGGUAGAAAAUGGUUAGCCAUAGCUUUAUUUCCUUGGUAGCUAUUUUACUUUGAAAGUAUGGGAAUUACUUUGCAUUUUAAAGUCACUUUUUUUUUUUGCUUACAUGUGUAAAACAGUAAAAAAAAAAAACCCAAACAAACAACUAAAUAGACUAAAAUCACUUUUCUUUCUCCAUUGUAAUUGGGAAAAACUCAUUUUGAUGAUGUUGUUACCACUUCUUUUGGCUUAGGUAAUCGAGUCCUGACAAGAAGGGGCCAGCUAACUUCAACUUGGUUUUAAAGGCUCUAGAUACUUUGAGGAAAGGCUUAUAGUGGCUUUUGGCCCCGGAAAGUGUCUAUGAAUUUGAAUUGGCCCAUACCUCCUAACCCUCAAGGAAUCUUGAUGGUCAUUCACCACAGCCUUGUGGUUGGCAGGGAGGAUAAAGUUCCUCAUCCAGCUUCUUCCUAACAGAGAACAUAGGCAUGAGGCCAUUCAGUCACUAGCCCCACUAUUUUAGUGGCCAUUCCCUUCAUUCUUCCAAAGCAGUCAAGCAAUCAGUGUCUUCCUUCCUGUUACCUGAGCUAAGUAGGCGCUUUCGCAAACCUCAAAGCGUUAUAUAAAUGCUCGUUGUUACUCUUACUAUUAUUCUGAAGGAGCCUGUGGUACCAGUAUUUAUUACCUCUUUGGUCUAGAGGAUCAAAUGAGAUAUUUGUAAAGUGCUUAGCACAGUGCCUGGCACAUAGUAGGUGCUUAAUAAAUGCUUGUUCCCCCCUCUGGCCCCCAUGAGCCUAAAGGUUAAUCUACGGUUUCCAGUACAAACCCUAACCCAUACAGUACCUGACAGUACUGUCACCAAGCCUGAAGGAUACAGGAAGCCCCUGCAAUCCAUACCAGAUGGAUGAUACAAAUGUUGUAAUUGAGCAAACAGACUGUGGCUCUUUAAGGAUCCCACGCUUUUGCAAAAUAGAAUUAAAGGCAUCCUUGGCCAUUUUUAAGAUUUAUUGCAUUUGAGACAUGAAGAAAAUAUACUCUAUUUUAAUUAUGUGGUGUAGUAUUGAUGCUUAAUAAGGCUUUGUGUACUCUGUAUAGAAUUUUAAUUUGCUGAACUUCCUGCCUCUUCUUUCUGUCCUUUAAAUAAUUUCUGUUUAAUUCCAGCAUGUAGCCAAGUGCCUUGCACACAGUAGGCACUUCAUAAAUGCUUGUUGAUUGAUUGGACAUUUUGGAAAUUAAACUAAUGGGGUAGUUACAUAGCUUUUUCUAAGAAUUCUUCAACUUGCGAAUGAUUUAUCAAGUGAGACUGGGACUGGAUUCAUGAUUUCAUUGAUAAAGGGGAAGUUUCUUCUACCAGUGCAUAUGGGCACCCACUGCAGGUCAAGUAAUUUGCCCUGGGGUCACCCAGCAAGGCUCAGGGGUGGAGAUGGGGGGGAGGACCCCAGGUAUCCUGACUCUGAGGCCCAUUUGCUAGCCACACCACCAUGCUGCCUCUCAUCUUCAGCAAAAUAAUCAGUGAUCAUUCAGCAACUUGCUUUUAAUUGAUCUGUACCCCAUGUGUUCCUUUCCCUUUCUCCUGCCUCUCACUGAGUGUUUUCAGGGAUCAGUAGCCCUUCUCGAGAAGGGCAAACAGGAAAGCCAAGAAGGAAACCUCUAAAAGCAGGACUGUUAACAAGCAGCUGCACCAAUUGAUCAAAGUUUGUUUGUGGAAGGGAUUGAAACCCUGGCCUAAAGUGAAGAGUUGGGGUUGCUUGGAAUUUUUUUAUCCAGGCUAUUCCUAUCGCUCGUUACUACUAUAACCAGUAACCAGGCCCGUUGUUGGGGGAGGGGGGAAAACCAUGAAAAUUCUGUAUUAUAGUUAUUUUUCUAUGUAAUCAAACUAAAAUGCUCUGUGUUCAUCUAAUUCUUAAUA